AUGCACCCGCCAGCAAAAACCGGCAGGAUCGCACAAUAUACUCAUCGCGUCGGAUAUAUACGCGGCACGAUGCGAGGUUGUCGCGCUGGCCAAGCCUCGCCCACAAGUGCACGCCUAUCGCGCCAGCGGCCGUCUCCCUCGCACCCGCCGGCCGCCGUAUCUCCCUCCCUCACGGACCCGCAACGCCUACGACCUUUCAGCGGUGAGUUUUUAGUCGUCGCAAAGACGUCGCGCGCGUUCGUCGGUUUGUGCACGCCGGGGCCCACGCGCCGGUCGAAAAACGCCGACGGCGCAAAAACCGCGCGAUUUUUUCUCCCGCCCGCCCUUUUUGCUAUGAGUGCCAGUGACGUUUUUCGGCAACUUACCGCGGCGAUAAGCUUAUCAGUGCGCCUAAUGACACGCGGCGGCGAUAAGUGCGUCCCCCUCGCACGA